CGGCAGCAAACAAGAGACACCUGAACAUUAAAAAACACGGCAAAAUCGGGCCGAAUAAAGUGAAUUCCAUGAGAAAGCGAAACGGAAUACAAGUGAAGUGCUAUCGAUACGCCAGAACAAGGGCGAAAAGCUAAAACAGUCGCGACCCGAAUAUCCACAAACGAGUCGCGCCCCUUACAACCAAGACCCAAAAACACCGUCAAAAUUACUUACUACUACUCGACGAAUUCGUGCGGCGCGUGCAACCAGAGCGAGGACAUCAUGCUUUUAUCCUACCGAUGCAUCUACUCGGUGCUGCUGUCCACCAUAGCCAGUAUUAUGGUGGUUCUAAGCUCGGCAUCCUCCGGCUCCAUGCAGCUACCCACCGUCCGCAAAUGCGGCAGUGGCAGCUCCACUGGAGCAGCCCACACAAUGGCCAUGAAUUUGGCGGCCUUCGGGCUGCUGGAGAACAGGAUUAGCACUCUGGAAGCACCGCGACAAACGCACUGGAGCAAGAAGUUCCUGGCCAAACGGGAGGCAACUCCUCAUUCGGCGCCGUACGUGGUCAGCAUUCAAAUGAUGACGCCUGACCAAGGAUUGGUACACUAUUGUGCCGGCACCGUCAUCAACGAGCACUGGAUCCUGACGGCAGCCCACUGCCUGAGCUCACCCCAGGCAGUGGAAAACUCGGUCAUAGUGGCGGGCAGCCACGACAUCCACGAUCAGAAAGGAGAAGCGACCAACAUUCAAAUGCGCCACAUCGACUAUUAUGUGCGACACGAGCUCUACCUUGGCGGAGUGAAUCCCUACGACAUUGCUCUGAUCUACACCAAGACACCGCUGGUCUUUGACUCCUAUGUCCAGCCAGCAACUCUGCCGGAGCAGGAUGCUCAACCAGAGGGCUACGGAACCCUGUACGGCUGGGGCAAUGUAUCGAUGACUGCUGUUCCCAACUAUCCGCAUCGCCUUCAAGAGGCCAACAUGCCCAUUUUGGACAUGGAGCUAUGCGAGCAGAUCCUCGCCCGUUCCGGUCUUCAGCUGCACGAGACAAAUCUGUGCACUGGUCCGCUGACAGGAGGCGUUAGCAUUUGCACUGCUGACUCCGGUGGACCGCUGAUCCAACAGUGCUGCGAGGAACAUUUCGAACAGGCCAACAUUGUCAUCGGCAUUGUUUCCUGGGGAAAGAUGCCCUGCGGGCAGAAAAACGCCCCCUCGGUCUUUGUCCGUGUCUCCGCCUUUACGGAUUGGAUUAAUCAAGUCAUCAGCUCGGCCACCCAGAUCAUGUAAGAUGACCAUCGGAAAGAUAGGACUGUGAAGAUCCUCCCACAAAUUAGCGCUCGAAUGUGAAGAUAUCGAAAAAUUAAAUAUAUAAUAUAUAUAAAAAAAAAAAGCAUAAAACAAAA